AUGAGAGGAGCAGGAGAAGAGACAGUGGCUUGGAGGCGAUUUAAGAGAGAUGUUGUGCCGUUUGUUGCAAUGUUUGUGGUUGAGUGUACCACGGUUGGGUCGAACACACUCUACAAGGCUGCAACUUUAAGAGGAUUGAACUUCUAUGUCUUUGUCUUUUACUCUUAUGUUGUUGCAACACUUCUCCUUCUGCCACUUUCUUUGAUAUUUGGAAGGUCAAGCAGAUUACCUUCAGCCAAGUCUCCUCUCUUCUUCAAGAUUUUCUUACUUGGGCUUACCGGGUUUAUGUCAACGAUUGCUGGUUGUAAAGGUAUAGAAUAUAGUUCUCCUACUCUUGCCUCUGCUAUGAGCAACCUCACGCCAGCUUUUACCUUCACGCUUGCCGUUAUCUUCAGGAUGGAACAAGUAGUGUUGAGGAGCUCUGCGACUCAGGCUAAAAUCAUCGGCGCAAUACUAUCUAUAUCUGGUGCUCUGGUUGUUGUGCUGUAUAAAGGCCCAGAAGUUCUUGCUGCUGCGUUUCUUACACAUUCACCACCUACCAUUUCGCCUCACCAGAAUUUGACUUCACUCGAGCCAAGCUGGAUAAUCGGAGGCCUUUUGCUCGCUACACAGUAUUUUCUUAUAUCAGUCUGGUAUAUCGUUCAGACUCGGGUCAUGGAGGUUUACCCUGAAGAAAUAACUGUAGUCUUCUUCUACAACUUAUUUGCAGCACUAAUCUCAGUACCAGUAUGUUUCUUUGCGGAAAGCAACUUGACUUCUUGGGUGCUCAAGCCCGAUAUUUCCCUCGUUGCUAUUAUAUACGCGGGAGUAUUUGUUUCAUUAUUCAGCGCACUUACCCACACAUGGGGUCUGCAUCUUAAGGGUCCGGUCUACAUAUCCUUGUUCAGGCCAUUGUCUAUUGCGAUUGCAGUCGCCAUGGGUGCUAUAUUCCUCGGUGAUGCACUUCACCUUGGGAGUGUCAUUGGAUCGGUGAUAUUGUGCUUUGGAUUCUACACUGUGAUUUGGGGCAAAGCAAGAGAGGAUGCAACCAAAAAUGGUGCUGGUUCUGAGCAUUCACCUUUGCUGCUUACUCACAUCGUCGAAGAUGAAGCCUUGUCCUUAAGAUAG